AGCGAGCAAAACAACAUCUAAAGUUGCAUAUAUUUCAUAAAUAAUUGUUCACAUUUUUGUAAUAUCGAAGCGAAAUGGCGGAAUCUGAUUCGGGAGAAAGUACUUCGUCGGUGUCCUCGUUUAUAUCCCGCUCAUCGUCGUCUUCGCGAUUGAGUGAGUUUGUGGACGCCAAGACAGAGCUGCAGGAUAUAUAUCACGAUUUGAGUAACUACCUGUCCAAUUUCCUAACCAUUUUGGAGGACAGUGUCCUGUUAAGAGAUCGGCAAAUGCUGGAGCACCUGUGCGCCUUCUCAAGCAGAGUGGAGGCCAUUGCAAAGGUACUUUCGCGUGAUCGAAUGAAGGUGGCAUUUUUUGGACGCACCUCAAACGGAAAAAGUGCCGUGAUCAAUGCCCUUUUGCAUGAAAAAAUCCUGCCCAGCGCCAUGGGCCACACCACCAGUUGUUUUUGCCAAGUGCAGGCUAAUGGCUCGGAUGAAACCGAGCACGUAAAGGUCGAGCAGGAGGAUGAGCAUAUGGAACUGAGUGCCCUAAGGGAACUGGCCAGUGCACAUUCGCCAGGUGCCCUGAAACCCUCAACUCUGCUGCAGGUCAAUAUGGCCAAGAACCGAUGCUCGAUCUUGGACUACGACGUGGUUCUGAUGGAUACACCUGGAGUGGAUGUAACAGCGCAACUGGACGACUGCCUAGAUAGCUACUGCAUGGAUGCGGAUGUUUUCAUCCUAGUUCUCAAUGCCGAGUCCACUGUUUCGCGCGUGGAAAGGCAGUUCUUCAAGGACGUGGCAUCCAAACUCUCGCGUCCAAAUCUCUUUAUACUCAACAAUCGAUGGGAUAAGGCCAGCAGUAUGGAGCCGGAAAUGGAGCAGAAGGUAAAGGAUCAGCAUAUGGAACGCUGCGUUAAUCUGCUAGUGGAUGAGUUAGGUGUUUAUUCCACGGCGCAGGAAGCCUGGGAAAGGAUCUAUCAUGUGUCAGCACUGGAGGCGUUGCAUAUAAGGAAUGGUCACAUUAAGAAUCCCUCGGCACAAACAAAAGAGCGAUAUCAGGAGUUCCUGCGUUUCGAAAAUGAUUUUUCGAAUUGCCUUGCGGUGUCAGCGUUAAAAACCAAGUUUGGGCCACACUUGCUCAGUGCGCAGAAGAUUUUAAACCAGUUAAAAUCCACGCUGAUAAGCCCUUUCAUAGAGAAAGUAAGUCGUCUUAUAGAUGAAAAUAAGGAGAGAAGAGCAAACUUGAAUGCGGAAAUAGAAGAGUGGGAAUUAGAAAUGCAAGGUGAAAGAGAAGACCUUCAAUAUUGCUUCGAAGAACUGACUGAAAUGACACAAAGAUUAGGUCGGUGCGUAUUAAACGACCAGAUAAAAACGUUAAUGCCCUCGGCUGUGCUAUCAUUCUCGCAUCCAUUUCACCCGGAGUUCCCAGCACAAAUAAGCCAGUACCAACGCUCUUUAUGUGCCCAUUUGGAUAAUCUUCUUGAAGAUCGAGUCCUCCAAUGUCUUUCCAUACCGCUACAGAGAAAAAUAUUAGAUAUGGAGAAAGAAAUGGGACUUCAGAUCACCGAGAAAUCUUGCGAUUGGCAACUAAUCUACGGCCUGGAUUGCCAAUCCUAUAUGAGUGACUUUCAGCCAGAUCUUAGGUUUCGGUUUUCCUUGGGCUUUACUGCCCUGUGGCAUCGUCUUGAAGGAAACCUACCAUUGCACGCAAGUCCAUUCCGAACUCAAAAGUUACGAAAUGGUCACAAGAAAUGUUUGCCCCUGCCUCCUUUAGUUCACGGAAACCAUUGGCAGAUGCUGGAAUCUUUGGUUAAGUCCAAAGGCAGCCUUGGAACCGUUUUGCUGGGCGCCAUGGCCAUCCGUUCGUUCAACUGGCCAAUUGUAAUGAUCCUUGGUGGGCUCGUCGGAUCCUUUUACAUCUACGAGUACGCCGCUUGGACGACUGCCGCCCAAGAGCGAAGUUUCAAGAGCCAGUACUCCAGACUCUUGCAACAACGUCUGCGGACGGAUGUGCAGCAAACUGUCAGCGGGUUUGAGCUCCAGUUGCGACAGCACCUGGCAAAAGUCCGAAAUUGCUGGGAAGCCCAGUCCAAUGAGACUCUGAAUGACCUGACCGUGAGGACCGCGGAGCUGACCAAACAAAUACAAUCGAUGGAGGUGUUGCAGCUGAGCCUAAAGAAGUUUCGGGACAAGGGACAGCUGCUGGCCUGUCGAUUGGGGGACUUUCAAGAGACCUACUUGACCAAGAGCUGACAAUUAUGAGAGGGUUACAGCAAAUUCUAAACGUUCUUAAUAGUUUUAAUUUCUUUGGUUACCUUCGUUUUGGUUUUGUUACUUAGAAAUUUGUAUGUAUUUGGUUGAAUAUUUUAAAAUAU